AUGGAGCAGGCGGACCACGGCGACCUGGCGGCGCUCCUGCCGGAGGCCGUGCUCGCCGACGUGCUGCGUCGCGUGGAGGCACCGCGCUGGCUAGCAGUGUCACGCUGCGUCUGCAAGGCGUGGCGAGCCAUCAUCGAUGGUGAGAACCUCCUGCGUACAGAUCUCCCGCUUAGCGGGUUCUUCAUCACCUUCAAGGAGCUCUGUUUGCCCGAGUUCUUCUCCCGCCCCUUGUCGCCGUUUGGUCGGCCAGCAAUCAGCGGCAAGCUCGAUUUCCUACCCACAGCCAUUAAAGUUCAUCCUGAUGGGUGGAGCUUGGACGGCGACUACUACAUCCAGGAUCACUGCAAUGGGCUCCUAUUGCUCGACGGCUACGUGGUUAACCCGGCCACACGCCGCUGGAAAUCUCUGCCCUCAUGCACGCGCAGUCAUACUACAGCCGGGGGAAUCCUCCGUGGUAUUUUCUCCGAUCAUUACUAUCUGGCCUUUGAUCCCACGGUGUCAUCCCACUACCAGGUGUUUCAGAUUCCUUAUUUGCGUUGGGCGGGAGGUGAGUUUGACCCUUUAGAGGAGGCAUCCGAAUGGCCUCCAUCUCCAUAUAUCUUGCGUGUAUUCUCUUCUAGGAGAGGACGUUGGGAGGAGAGGUUGUUUGUUCGUGAAGGGGAUGCCGCAGGAACCCUUGCAAAGGCGCGUGUGUUUGGUAUCCGACUCCGCUCCGUCUAUUGGCGCGGAUCCCUUUACGUGCAUUGUCAAAGUGAUUUUAUUAUGAGAAUAUCUUUGUCUGAAGAUAAGUACAAUGUGAUUAAGCCACCAAUGAGUGUUGGACUUUCCAAUUAUAUAGGAUUAUCAGAGAAAGGAGUGUACCACGCGUCAUUUGUUAAGAAUCACAUUCGCAUCUGUAUACUGAAUGAAUCAUGCGAUAAGUCAGAGUGGAUAUUAAAGCACGACUAUGACCUUAUUAAGCCAAUGGAAGUGUUUGAUCAUCAAGUUCAUGGACCAUGGAUCUUAGAAGACAUUAACUAUGGAAUCUUUCGUUCUCAUCUCCCAAGUAUCAACAAGGAAGAAGUAAUUCAAGAGAAAUUUGAAUGGAACUCCGACGACGAUGAUUUCUGUGAGAAUGUAGACAUGGUUGAAGUGCACCAUCGCCGUCCAUAUUUUGAGAUCGAGAUACUUGGAUUUCACCCAUACAAAGAGAUUCUCUUUUUUAGUAGGUCAGAGACCUAUAAAUUAAAUGCAAUGGCGUUUGCCUAUCAUUUGAAUAGCUUCAAGGUUGAAAGUUUAGGUAGCAUAUACCCAACAGGUCACCAAUAUUUCGACUCUGGCCUUCCUAAUGAAAAUCGGGAGAUUAAAUCUUUUCCAUACACGCCAUGUUGUUGGAUCGAAGAGACCCCAUAA